CGGGCGGUGUGUCUCCAGCCUCCUGCCUGAUCACCUGUGCGCAGUCACGGCGCUGUCCCACACCGGCAGGAGCCCUAUGGAGCCUGGGGCCACAGGCCACAGGGGACAAGGGCCAGGCACCCCAGCCAUGGCUCUGGGCCAUUGAUCCACCCCAGGCUGGCCAGGAGGGGGAGGAGAGACCUUGGCCUGGACAAACAGAGGAGCCGGCGGCCUGAGUGCGGGCCCAGCACCCACCUGCCCCGCCUGAAGGAUGCCGGUGGCCGAGGCCCCCCAGGCAGCGGGCGGCCAGGGCGAUGGAGGUGACGGUGAGGACGCGGAGCCAGAGGGGACGUUCCAGGGCCCUGAGGACUCCAAGAGGAAGGUCCGGGACUCCCUCCGCCUGGCACCUCUGUGGCUGGCGCUGGUGGCGCUGGCCUCCGUGGGGGUGAUGCUCUGGUAUUUCCUAGGGUACCGGGCGGAGGUGACGGUCAGCCAGGUGUUCUCGGGCAGCUUCCGCGUGCUCAAUCGCCACUUCUCCCAGGACCUCGCCCGCAGGGAGUCCAGCGUCUUCCGCAGUGAGACCGCCAGAGCCCAGAGGAUGCUGGCGGAGCUCAUCACCAGCACCCAGCUGGGCGCCUACUACAACGCCAGCUCCGUCUACUCCUUCGGGGAGGGACCCCUCACCUGCUUCUUCUGGUUCAUCCUCCAAGUCCCCGAGCGCCGCCGGCCGUCCCUGAGCCCCGAGGUGGUGCGGGCGCUGCUGGUGGAGGAGCUGCUCUCCAACGGCUCGGCGCUGGCCCCCUACAGGGCGGAGUACGAGGUGGACCCCGAGGGCCUGGUCAUCCUGGAAGCCAGCGUGAAAGACGUGGGCGCCCUGAACGCCACGCUCGGUUGUUACCGCUACAGCUACGUGGGCCGGGGCCAGGCGCUGCGGCUGAAGGGGCCCGACCACCUGGCCUCCAGCUGCCUGUGGCACCUGCAGGGCCCCCAGGACCUCAUGCUCAAACUGCGGCUCGAGUGGACCCUGCCCGAGUGCCGCGACAGGCUGGCCGUGUACGACGCGCCCGGGCCCCUGGAGAAGAGGCUCAUCACCUCAGCCUGCCAGGUCAACGUCACGCUGGAGGGCCGUCUGGACACGCAGGGCGUGCUGAGCACACCCUACUUCCCCAGCUACUACUCUCCCAGCACCCACUGCUCCUGGCACAUCACGGUGCCCUCUCUGGACUACGGCCUGGCCCUCUGGUUUGAUGCCUACGCUCUUCGGAGGCAGAAGUACGACCUGCCGUGUACCCAGGGCCAGUGGACGAUCCAGAACCGGAGGUUGUGUGGCUUGCGCACCCUGCAGCCCUAUGCCGAGAGGAUCCCCGUGGUGACCACGGCUGGCAUCACCAUCAACUUCACCUCCCAGAUCUCGCUCACGGGCCCCGGGGUGCGGGUGCACUACGGCCUGUACAAUCAGUCAGACCCCUGCCCUGGAGAGUUCCUCUGCUCUGUGAACGGCCUCUGUGUCCCGGCCUGUGACGGGAUCAAGGACUGCCCCACCGGCCUGGACGAGAGGAACUGUGUGUGCAGAGCCACAUUCCAGUGCCAAGAGGACAGCACGUGUGUCUCACUGUCCCGGGUCUGUGAUCGGCAGCCCGACUGUCUCAACGGCAGUGACGAAGAGCAGUGCCAAGAAGGAGUGCCAUGUGGGACGUUCACCUUCCGGUGUGAGGAUGGGAGCUGCGUGAAGAAGCCCAACCCUCAGUGUGACGGGCGGCCCGACUGCAGGGACGGCUCGGAUGAGCGCCACUGCGACUGUGGCCUCCAGGGCCCCUCCAGCCGCAUUGUGGGUGGGGCCGUGUCCUCCGAGGGUGAGUGGCCGUGGCAGGCCAGCCUCCAGGUUCGGGGUCGACACAUCUGUGGGGGGGCCCUCAUCGCUGACCGCUGGGUGGUCACAGCUGCGCACUGCUUCCAGGAAGACAGCAUGGCCUCCCCGGCGCUGUGGACCGUGUUUCUGGGCAAGGUGCGGCAGAACUCGCGCUGGCCAGGCGAGGUGUCCUUCAAGGUGAGCCGCCUGGUCCUGCAUCCGUACCACGAGGAGGACAGCCACGACUACGACGUGGCCCUGCUGCAGCUCGACCACCCGGUCGUGCGCUCGACCACCGUGCGCCCCGUCUGCCUGCCCGCGCGCUCCCACUUCUUCGAGCCCGGCCUGCACUGCUGGAUCACCGGCUGGGGCGCCCUGCGCGAGGGGGGCCCCACCAGCAACGUCCUGCAGAAGGUGGACGUGCAGCUGGUCCCGCAGGACCUGUGCGGCGAGGCCUACCACUACCAGGUGACACCCCGCAUGCUGUGCGCCGGCUACCGCAAAGGCCAGAAGGACGCCUGCCAGGGUGACUCUGGUGGACCCCUGGUUUGCAAGGAGCUCAGUGGCCGCUGGUUCCUGGCAGGACUGGUCAGCUGGGGCCUGGGCUGUGGCCGGCCCAACUACUUCGGCGUCUACACUCGGAUCACAGGAGUGAUCGGCUGGAUCCAGCAGGCACUGGCCUGAGGGGCUGCUGUGAGCCCAGUGGGGGCCAUCUCCUGCCUAGGACAGAGCCCAGGGCGCCCCUGGACAAGGCGACGAGUAUUCUGGGGGCAAAGAGAUGGCAUCCUGCCCCCCCGCCUGCUCCCUGCCGUUUGCACCAGUGAGAGGCACAAGGGGGCAGGAGGCCACCAGCAGGAGCCAGGACUUCCCGAGGGCCCAGGCCCUUCACCUUGAUCAGUGUCCUCUCCUCACUGUGGACUUGGUGGGGAGGGGCUCAGCAGCCAAGAUGCUGGCUCCUGGGUCCCUGGUAGGAGUAUGAGACCCCACCCCACCCCAGGCAGAGGCCACCUGGGUGACACUGGUUCCACAGGGCAGAUUCAGCUGAGAAGCUUCUGAUGUCCCUUGGGGGUGAGGGUAGAAAGUGCCUGGUUGGAGGGGACCCUCAGAGACUGGGAGACGGCCAAGUGGGACAGCAGCCACCAGAAGCCAAAGGGUGGGGCAGACCCAGCUGCAGGGCCCUGAGCCACCUGCCUGCCACUGGGGCUUCCCAGCCAGACCCCCCCCCGCAAAUAAAGCCCCGACUGGCCUCGGCCCACUGU